UUUUUAUUUUAAACACGAUAGAUAUAAUCAAGUGCUGAGUCAACCAGAAAUAUCUGUCUAGUAGCGUGAAAAUUUAGGUCCUAGCUCAAUAAAGUGAAGAGUAACAUUAAUGAUGUAACGCAUGUCAUUUUUUGAACAUUCGCGAAUGCGAAAACAAAUAUCUGCUACCGACAUUCGCGAAUGCGAAUGCAAUUAUUCAGUUUUUGUUCUGGCGCCAAUUGUCUAUGGCAGUCUCGUUCGACCAAAUGCGUUCCGUUUGUAUUUGAAAUUGAAGCCGAAGACACCCAAAUAGAUAAACGAGUAUAUCUGAAAGAAUCAAUGAAUUGACUAAUAGAUGCGAGCGACAGUGAAGAGGAACAUUGCAUUAUAUUU